CACUGAAGGAUUAAUCUGCUGAAUAAAUGAAUGUUACUCUGAUGGCAUGAGGGGCCCACCGCAUCCUGGGGUAAUCCAGGGAGUCAGAGGGACUCGCCAUUCUAGGGCAGUCAAGCUCACUAGGCGAACAGAAUUAUCUGCUCACUUCGCCGCAAGCUGGUGUCUAUAAAUCUGGAGUUACGUGCUACGGAUUUUCUUAAAUUUUCGAGAUUCUACACACUUUCGUUCCGAAGUCCGUUAAGUAAAAUGACGUGAGUAUAGACUAACCGUAAACGGAACAACAAUCAUGCCGUCGUUAAGUGACUCUGGGGGUCGAAACCGCGUGGACAGAGCUACGAGUCCACUUCCUCGAAGACUGGCUGUGGAUCCAGUUCAGGAGUUGAAGGCGCUUUUCGCCGAGCCAUCAUUGAGGCUGUCCAACAGCGAAAAGGACCAUGAUGCCCGCAUAGACGGUAUUCAGUGUCUCGAGACGAUCGAGGUAUCGGCAGAUGAGGAUCUUCCAGAAAGAGGUAGCUGGAAUAGCAAGAUCGAGUUCAUCCUGUCAGUCGUAGGCUUGGCUAUUGGCCUCGGUAAUCUAUGGCGUUUUCCAUACUUGUGCUACAAGAAUGGAGGCGGCGCAUUCAUGGUUCCCUAUUUCAUCGCCUUGGCCCUUGCUGGCGUGCCCAUGUUCUUCAUGGAACUUUCACUUGGUCAGAUGAUGACUGUAGGCGGUCUCGGAGUUUUUCAAAUUGCUCCGAUAUUCAAAGGAAUUGGUUACGCUGCCUGCGUUCUCUCCUGCUGGACAAAUGUCUAUUACAUAGUAAUCCUCGCCUGGGCCUUAUUUUACCUUCUUGCAUCCCUGCGAUCUGACGUUCCUUGGAGGUCCUGUGAUAACUCCUGGAAUACUGGGUACUGCAUAAAGCCCAUAGAUCGUUUGGAAGCAAACUGCUGGUCCAGCGGCCAAGAAACGAUAUGUAACACUCCAAUAGGCAACGUGACAGCGACCUUGCUCAAGGAUCCGGUCAAAGAAUUUUGGGAGCGGCGAGCUCUCCAAAUUUCAGAAGGUAUUGAUCACGUCGGUGGAGUUAGGUGGGAAUUAGCCGGAACGUUGGCCGUCGUGUGGAUCAUGUGCUACUUUUGCAUUUGGAAGGGAGUCAAGUGGACGGGAAAAGUUGUCUAUUUCACUUCACUUUUCCCUUAUGCCCUGCUGGCCGUUCUACUGGUGCGAGGUCUGACUUUGCCGGGAGCCAUGGAAGGUCUCAGGUACUACGCCACACCGAAUCUGUCAAAACUUGGCGAGCCUGAGGUCUGGAUCGAUGCUGUAACACAAAUUUUCUACUCCUACGCCUUGGGCGUCGGUGCACUGAUCGCUCUUGGCAGUUACAACAAGUUCAACAACAAUGUCUACAAGGAUGCGUUAUUAGUGUGCACAAUAAAUUCCGGUACUAGUAUGCUGAGCGGAGUUGUGAUAUUCUCAGUGGUUGGCUUCAUGGCCCACGAACAGCAGAAGCCCGUUGCAGACGUUGCAGCAUCAGGUCCCGGCCUCGCAUUUUUGGUGUAUCCUUCAGCAGUGCUACAAUUACCUGGAACACCGAUAUGGUCCUGCCUCUUCUUCUUUAUGCUUAUUCUUAUCGGUUUGGAUAGUCAGUUCUGUACGGUUGAAGGGUUCAUCACAGCCGCGGUUGACGAAUGGCCUCGACUGCUCAGAAAAAGAAAAGAGAUGUUCAUAGCACUUGUGUGUUUUCUCUCUUACCUCAUCGGUCUCUCUUGUGUUACUGAAGGUGGUAUGUAUGUAUUUCAAUUGCUGGAUUCGUACGCGGUUAGUGGAUUCUGCCUGCUGUUCCUGAUGUUCUUCGAAUGCAUUGCGGUCUCAUGGGCCUUCGGGGUGAACCGUUUUUACGACGGGAUUCGGGAUAUGAUUGGAUACUACCCUUGUUUUUGGUGGAAGAUAUGCUGGACAGUCACGACACCAGCCAUCUGCAUAGGUGUAUUCAUUUUCAAUGUGAUCAAAUUCGUCCCGGUAAAAUACCUCACCUAUGAAUAUCCGUGGUGGAGUCAUGUGUUGGGCUGGUUAAGCGGGCUAUCGUCCAUGCUCUGCAUACCUGGUUAUAUGAUUUACAUCUGGUGUAUAACUCCGGGGACCAGGAGAGAGAAAUUCCGAAAACUAGUGAGAAUCGACGAUGACAUUGCUACACUUCGAAAAAAAUUAAACCCAACAAAAUUUGUUACAGUAAAUAAGAGUCAGUUUUAGUAUUAUAUAUUUUUUUUUAUUCUAGAAUCAUGGACUGUGUAGAAUAAAUGACGUGUUAUGCAGCAGGGAUUCAGCUCAAUUUAUUAGCUGAUAUUAGCAUUUGUAUUCACGCAUAUGAUGUAUAUAAGAAGGAAGGGAAAAGGACCAGAAAGGUGAUCCUCGCGUUUUUCUUUGGAAACAAUUGAAUAAAAUUAUAUGACUAAAGUGGUGUAAAGGAUACGAAAAUUUUUUUAUUCAGGAAUGAAAAUACUAUGUGUGUAUAAAAUAAAUCAAUUAUUCAAUAUGUAUGAUAAUAUUUAGUAAUACAUAUUACUAUAUACUAUACAUUAUAACGUGCACACGACUGAAUUGUGUAUUCUUUUUUUCAGUCUUCACCAACAAGGUGAAAUAGUUAUAUUAUAAUCAGAUAAAAAAGAGAAAACGAUGAUAUACUCAUUCUUCGAUUUGCAAAUCAACCAUUUUCGUACGAUUAUUAUUAAAUACAUUGUUUUACAUAUAAUAUAAUAUAAAUAUACAAAUCUGAAUUGUUGAUAAAUCGUUAACGAAGCACCAUUCAAACAUAACAAUAAAGUACAUGGAAAACCUGAA